GAGAGUGCUGCUCCCCCAGGGUGGGAUCUGGGCCGAGAGGAAAAAGUUACAACAAUCCUGCAAGGUAGUCCACUGCCAGUUGGGGGUCAGGAUAAGACUGUUUGGGUUCCUCUCUCUUGGAAACUUCCCUUAGUUUUCAGUAAGGGUCAGUAAGAUGGAGUUGCCCUACCAGAGCUACUUGGGAAGUAUCUUAUUGAAAUCAGUAACAUGUGCUUCUGCUGAAAUAUAAAUAGGACCUGGCUGCAUGUUUGUUUGUUUCCAUCAUAUCUUAGAGAGAUAAAGAGGAAGAUUGGAAGAGCCUUAGUUUUCAAAAUAUUCUUUGAAAACUAAAGUUCUUCAUAUAUCUUGCAAUGGUGAAUGUGGAAAUGGAAUUGUUUGGACGGGUGGAGAGAAGGCUCCCAGAACCGUCUCUCUUCUAAGAAGUAAGCAAUGAACAUGUCUAUGCAUUUUUGUGAGAAUCCAGCCUUCUUCCCAUACUGAAGAGGGGACCUGGCAGUUUGUGUGCCUCUUCCUUUCUCCUGCUGGGACGACUGAGUAACUCAGACUGUCAUCUUUGCAGAAUGUAGACUUAGGGUUGAUGUUUCUCUCCAUCUGAUUUAGUUGUGAAUGUAAGUUGAGGUGGUGGUAGUGACAACUAGCAUGAUUUUGCAUAAUGGCAAAAGUACUCUCAAGUUGACUUACACUGCAGUCCUUCACUACUGUUUUCACUGUAGUGGUGAUUUUAUUCUGAUUUUGACUGUAAGUUACCCAGAGAACCAAUGCCUAAUGUAGUGGCAUAUAAAUCAAAUAAUUAAUGUAUACUGAGCAAUAACUCCUACUGAGUCAGUGAUGGCUACAUUCAGGUAAGCAGGUAGGGCUUUGCAGCUUAGUAUUUCUGUCUUCCACACUUUUUUCCUGACUUCAGCAUCUCUCUGUUGCUUCCAGCUUUGCACCUGUCAGGAACUGAAUCUGGACCAACAUAUUCCCUCAAAGACUGUAAGAGAUCAUCCACUGGUAGAAUUUGGAGAGAGAGAGAAAAUGUCGGACCUUAUAACUGUUGAGGAAAGAGUAAGCAAGGAGUCUCCUGAUUACUGUCAUAAAGCCUGUGAAACACAAAGCAAAACAGCAAAUGCCCUUUUGCAGAAGCUUUGGCCACAUAAACAAAGAUGGCAUGCUUCUUUCCAUAUCAUUUCUUGGGAAUAUUAUCUUCGCUACCUUUGUUUUUGUGUUGCUUUCCAAAGGUUCUGAGCAACCCCUCUCUGGUCCAGCAUGUCCAAAUAAGUGGAUUGGUUAUCAGGGGAAAUGCUACUACUUUUCAGAAGAGAAAAGGAACUGGACUUCCAGCCAAGACUUCUGUCUGUCACAUAAUGCCUCCCUGAUGGCUGUCUGUGCUAGCGAGGAAAAGGAUGUUGUGAUGCGUCUCAAAGGCAAACCCCCAUUUUGGAUUGGCCUCCAGAAAGACUCAGGUCAGCACCGGAAAACAACAAAUGGAGACAAUUCAACGCUGCAGGUGAUCAGCAACGGGGGAGACUGCACUUUCCUGAGCUCUUUCCAUGAGGGUACUGCUGCCAGAUGUCACACGAAACUGCCCUGGAUCUGCAGCAAACUGGAUGCGUUUAUGAGCUCAAAUGCAGGUUGACCUGCAGUUGUGAGCCAAGUUUCUCCCUCCCAGCAGUAACAGUGUCACCAGCAUUUCUUUGCCAGACAUCUUCAUUUUACAUAUAAGUCUUUGAGAUUUCACAAAGCAAAAUGUUGAACCCUCUCUGGCUUUCUUCACUCAGAGCCGUC